AUGUGCCGCAAAGAAGAUUUAAAAGCAGCGAGAUCGAACGCUAUUAUAAGAGACUACAACAACAAAAUCGACUGUGUUCUGAGGAACUGCUCGUGCGCUGAUGUCGUGACGAAACUCAAGCUUGACUACCACGUUCCUCCAGAUGAUGCUGAAUCGUAUCAUCGUCUUGAUAGCUGGCUCCAGAUGGCUGUUACACCGAUGACCAAAAAACUCGAGCUUCUAGUAUGGUCGAAAGAGGCGAGCUUUGAUUUCCCAUGCACACUACUAUCUGACAGGUGUGGGGGCUCGAUUCAGAAGCUUCUCCUUUUCAGAUGUGCCUUACUUCCCACAUUUCAACUUGGUUCGAGAAGCCUGAAAACGCUGCAUCUGCGCGAUGUGCGUGUUACAGGGGAGGAGUUAGGGUGCCUUCUGUCCAGUUCCACUGCUUUGGAACACCUGAAGCUUGUAUACUGCGAUGAUAUUGUUCGCCUCGAGAUACCUUGCCUGCUGCUGCGGCUCAGCUUUCUGGAGGUGGCUGGAUGCAUGAAUCUUCAAGUGAUAGAGAAUGAAGCUCCAAAUCUCUCCAGAUUUUACCUUGAAGCAGGUGAACUGGUGCAAGUCUCGUUUGGAGAGUCGAAAGUGAAGAAAGUGCAGUUGGUGCAGAGUUGUGCCAUCAGUUAUGCUAUUGACAACCUUCCUUCCCGUGCGCUGAAUCUUGAGACUCUUACCAUAUCUUCUACGUACUUGUGA